GCCUGUAGCCCUGACAUUGCCUUCAGACUAUCCUUAAGGGUUCGAAUCCAUUGGUAAAAUGUUCCGAGUAUUGACUGUCGUAGUUGCGGUUUUGGCGUUUUACGAUGUGAGAAGCGACUCUAGUCAAAUUAGGGAGAAGGUAGAGAAAAGUGUGCGACAGAAGAGGCUGCUAUUUUAUGAUGAAGAAGGCAACCUGGUGAAAACUUAUAAAAAUCCGUAUUACUACGAUUUUACUCAAACCGCUGAGAAGCUGCCAUUCUUCAGUUUUUUCCGCCCUUCAACUUUCGGGGGCCCGACCGCUUACAUGAUCCCUGUCUCGGACCAAGUGAUUCAACAAAUCAACAAUGACCCUAUCUAUCAAAACAAACUCCUGACAGUACCUCGAAAAGAACUCAUUGUCGCACCAAACUUAGAAUGUGGUGGCAAAAGAGCUCAAAUACCUGCUAAGAGUUGUAAGAAUUUUUUAAACUGUUGGGAUGGAUGGGCGUUUGAACAGGAGUGCCCUGAAGGAUUGCUCUUUUCUAAGGAAGGGUACUGCGAUUAUCCCCUGAAUGUGGAUUGCAAUAAAAGGACAAAUGAUUCACCGUCACCCCCUGCUCCAUCUCAACCAACUACACCUAAGUGCAGCAAGGAGUUCGAGUCCUUCCGCAACGAGCAGCAUUGCAACGAGUUCUUCGUGUGUGUUGACUCCACGCCUGUUAAGUUCAAUUGUCCAGCUGACCUGCUUUACAACGAGGAACUUGGAGUGUGUGAUUAUGCCUACCGAGUGAAUUGUAAAGAUUCUAUGACGACUACGGCUGAGCCUGCUCAACCAGCUCCAUCUAACCCAGAAACACCCUGCGCCUCACCUUCUACCGAUGGGAAGAAGCCUGCAGCACCGCCAUUAAUAGCUACCGUAAUUCCAGCCAUACCACCAGUCACAGCGGAUCCUCCUAACAUACCAUUGUCUGCCCCUAUAUCUUCAAAUACCAUUUAUAAUCAACAAAAUUGGUCAUCCACACACGUCGCCAUUUCUCGUCAAGAUGCCAUCCGCCAGCUCCGAUCUGGAACUAUUGCUUAGUAGAUAAAAAUAAAGUAGACUCUACAUUUGUUGUGUAGUGUCAAUUAUAAGAUGUGAUAGUGUCACAUUAAUCAACUAACGUCUGCAU